UUUGUUUUGCCCCACCGUCAGCGCAGUCCGAGGUCGGCAGGGCCGAGGUCGCGGCGACGCCUGCGACAGCCCCAUGGGCUAGCAGGCAGGCGGCAAACAAAGGCGCGCCUCGCGUGAAGGAGUCGAGGCAGAGAGGAGCGCCGGCGCCGAACGAGGCCGCUGGCGCCGCGGCGCUCGGCGCCUCGCUGGACGUCUGCGCGUCCGUGCCGGGCUUGGGCGGGGGGGGUCGGAGAGCGGUCGGUGGGCAUGAAGAGGAGGAGGGACGCGGAGAACGGGGAGAAGAGGGAGAGGCAGGGAGAUCCAAGACCUCCCUCGUCGCGGAGAGAAGCGCGGCAGACUGCGCUUCGUCGGCUUCGGCCCUCUGGGAGCCCGCUUCGGGCCUCGGGGCAAGUGAAGACGCGAUCGCGACGAUAAAACUGGCCCGGGGGCCGGGGACGUGACCCGUGGACCGAGGGGGCGAGGCAGUCUGCAGGACAAGUCCAGAGAGGAGAGGAGGCAGGAAUGGGUGUAAGCAUGUGCCGGCGCUGACGGUCGCGCGCCCAGUGGAUACACGUUGAACAGCAUAUACAACAAUCGUGGCGGCGCGGAGCGCCACGCCUGCCACGGGAAUUCCUGGAGGUCUGCCGUGCGACCACAUUCCAAGAGAGUGGUUCGGCUACACUCCAACCACCGCGCCCGCGAAGCGGCAACCGCACUGGUUCCCGCGAAGGGCCCCGACACGGAGGCGCGGUGGGAGCUGGACGUCUGGCAGGAGACCGCUGCGCCGCGCUCGAGGCUGGAGGCCUGGGAAUCAUACGGACCCGAGGCUCGGCCACCGCCCAUGCGGCGCCAUCCCAACAGAGCACAGGAAGCGAUCCUCCUUCUCC